GCCGACGACAUGCCUAGGAAGGAGCGCGAGAGCUCGUCGCGGCGGCGGCGGCGGCGCAGCCCGUCCCCGUCCGACACGGACGACGCCUCCGACUCCAGCGGCUCGCCGUCGCCCCGGCGGAGCCGGAGCCGCCACCGCCGCAGGAGCCGCCGGAAGGCCACCCCGUCCUCCUCCAGCGAUGCAAGCGAUUCCCAGGCCUCGGGCUCCGGGUCCGACUCCGGCGGCCGCCGCCGGAAGAGGAGCUCGAGCGGCAAGCGCGGGGGCGUCACCGAGGAGCAGAUCGUGGAGUACAUGUCGAAGAAGGCGCAGAAGAAGGCAGAGAAGGUGGCGAAGAAGAUGAAGGGGAACGCGGUGUCUGGGUACUCCAACGAUUCCAACCCUUUUGGGGAUCCAAACCUGACAGAGAACUUUGUUUGGCGAAAGAAGAUUGAGCGUGCUGUAACUGAAGGACAAACUGUGGACAUUUCUGUCAAAACUGAGAAGAAGAAAAUGAGGGAUAGAAUGGCUGAAAUAGAAAAGGUUAAGAAGAGAAGGGAGGAAAGAGCAAUUGAAAAAGCACAGCACGAGGAGGAAAUGGCAUUGUUAGCGAGAGAAAGAGCACGCGCUGAGUUUCAAGAUUGGGAGAAGAAAGAGGAAGAGUUUCAUUUUGAUCAAAGCAAAUUUAGGUCUGAAAUCAGGUUACGGGAGGGACGUACAAAACCUAUUGAUGUUCUCCUGAAGAAUCUUAACUUUGCAGAUGAAUUUGAUGUUGAGUUAAAUGAGCCCUACUUGGUGUUCAAGUUGCAGGGAUUAACAGUGAAGGAAAUGGAAGAGCUACGUGAUGACAUUAAGAUGCAUCUUGAUCUGGACAGGGAAAGCCAAGUGAAUGUCAAGUACUGGGAGGCACUCAUGGUAGUGUGUGACUGGGAGCUAGGCGAGGCUCGGAAAAGAGAUGCCAUAGACCGCUCUAGGGUGCGUGGGGAGGAACCACCCCGCGAGGCGGAAGAGAGAGGCUUACAUGCAAGUAUUGAGGGGGAUGUAAAAGAUCUCUUGGAAGGUAAGACUUCCACAGAGCUGGAAGAGAUGCAAAGUCAAAUUGAGUCCCAGAUGCGCUCUGGAACUGCAAAAGUUGUUGAAUACUGGGAGGCCAUUUUGAAACGCCUUCAUAUUUACAAAGCAAAGGCUUGCCUUAGAGAAAUCCAUGCUUCUCUCCUGCGGAAGCAUCUGCAUCGUCUAGAGAAUACUGCUGCUCCUGAACAGGCUGUGGAAGCUGAUGAGGAAUUAGACACUAAAGAGGAGGAUACGAUGCAUGACGAGGAAGAAGGUUUAGAUGAUAGAAGAUAUUCUCCAGAACCUAUAGCUGAAGAAACAGAGAACCAUUUGGAUGAAGAAGCUGGCUCCUUCUCGCCUGAGCUAAUGCAUGGCACUGAAGAUGAAGAUGCAAUUGAUCCUGACGAGGACAAGGCGGAACUGGAUCGGCAACGUGAAGCUGUAGUUAUCGAGCACCAGAGGAAAGUUAAGGAUGUCAUGACAGCUAAGGCAAGAAAACCAGAUGAAAUGGAGGUGAAAGCAAUGAAAGCGAUGGGAGCAAUGGAGGAAGGGGAUGCCGUAUUUGGUUCAGGUGCUGAAGUGAACCUGGAUUCACAGGUGUAUUGGUGGCAUGACAAGUACCGACCAAGAAAACCAAAGUACUUUAAUCGCGUGCAUACUGGAUACGAGUGGAACAAAUACAACCAAACUCAUUAUGACCACGACAACCCACCUCCCAAAAUUGUCCAGGGGUAUAAGUUCAACAUAUUUUACCCUGAUCUUGUGGAUAAAUCAAAAGCACCAGUAUACACUAUAGAGAAAGAUGGAAGCGCUGGGGAGACAUGUCAUAUAAGAUUCCAUGCUGGCCCUCCAUAUGAGGAUAUUUCUUUUCGUAUUGUCAACAAGGAGUGGGAGUACUCCCAUAAGAAGGGAUUCAAGUGCACAUUUGAGCGUGGGAUUCUUCAUCUGUAUUUCAACUUCAAGAGAUACCGCUACAGGCGAUAGAUGCCACACCAAAGAAAGAACUGGAGCAUUGGGCUAUUUGAAGCUGGUUUCUUGUUUCCUGCUGGACAGUGUAUGCAUGCAGGCCCGCACCGACAUGAUAUUGAAGUCUGAGUGUCCAUCCUCAAGCUAGGCCAUGCACCAAAACGAGAAUAUAGCAAACAAUCUGAUAGUCUGCAUCAUUUUUUUUGUGGCGCUUCCUUCCUUGAGCUGAAUGGAGAUUGCAUUGGAGCACAAACUCAAAAUACUUGUACAUGUAUGCUAUGAUCCUAUGCCCUUUAUGUGGGAUUUGUUCAAACUAACAAAAGAAACAGAUGUAUCUUAAUGUUAUCUGUUAGGUUUGUGUUCA